GGCCACCGUCCAGAUCAGUUCAGUUCUAGCAGCGCACGUCAUCGGUUCUCCAGAACCCAAGUGAACAGAGAGUCAAUCGCACGUGCAACUCAGGUGUCACGUAACCUUCCAAAAACCGGAACGAAAGUAUGGCCUACCGGCUGAUUGUCUGCGUUCCCGUGGCCACUGUGCUGCUACUGUCCCUGCAUGCGCUGGUUACACUCGCUGCACCGACCGUGCACUUGGGACCACCACUUCAGCAGGAGUCGCAAUCUCCAACAGGAGCCCACGGAAGUGGCAUUCAGCCCUCGCCAGACCGCAAUAGCGCCGCCGAUCGACCGUACAUCGUCGAACCGACGUGGUUCACGGUCACGACGAGUCCGAUCGAUGGCGAAGGAGACGCUCCUGGCCAGCUGACCGGACAUGUAGGGAUGCCAGUCCUGCCAGCCCAACCAGCUACCAUGCGACCGUACGUUGCGUACAUUCCCAUCGCUCCGGCGUACCGACCCCAUCAUGUACCGCCCGGUUGGCCAGCCUAUCUGCCCGGAGUGCUCCCGACGUACCCCAUGCCCCCCCACAAUCAUUUCUGUAAUCAGCCAAGUCCGAGUGGCUACCAACUCAUGUAAAGUGUCCGUGGACGUUGCGUGCCAUCAUUCUGCGUGUGAGAGAGAGAAAGAGAGAGAAAGAAGGACGAGUGCUGGCUCCCGAAAGCGCAUCCAACGAAGGUGCUCAAGUGCUGCUGCUGGUGCUGCUGUCGGGACCACGAAAGCUAUCGAUUACAUGGCCUUCUGGAUAAUUUAUUCUUUUCACUGGCAUCUCAUUUGUUACGUUACGAAUGCAUCGUGUGUUUUGGAAGCCUCGCGUUGUGUGUCCGGUUUUGGUUUCCUUUCCACGUUCCCAGUGGACACACCGGGAAUGUUGUUGUUGGUGUUUGCUCGAUCCAAGGCUGUCCACUGUCCUAUCGAUGACGAAGCGGUUCGACCAUUUCGGUGGUGCGGACAGUGCCCGUCCAGAGAGGUUGUGUGUCAAAUAAUUUCUUCAAAACAAUAUAUUCAUUUCCAUUUUG